AUGCUCCAGAUCAUUCUCCUCUACUCCCUCUUCAUUAGUGUUGCAAACGCUUGGCAACUUGUCCGAGAGUAUUCAGGACAGAACUUCUUCAACGGUUGGGAUUUUUACGGGUCUUGGGAUAACCUGACGCAGGGCAACGUUACAUGGGUAUCUCAGUCUGUGGCCGCGAGCCAGGACCUGGCAUACGUCAACAACAAUGGGCACGCUAUCCUCAAGGUCGACAACACCACUAACGUCCCGUCUGGAGGACGGCGCAACUCCAUCCGGAUCACAUCCCAGGACACCUAUGCACUCGGGAGUCUAUGGAUCAUCGAUCUUGAUCACAUACCAUACGGGUGCUCGGUAUGGCCUGCUUUCUGGACUUUUGGUCCGAAUUGGCCGGAAGACGGCGAGAUAGACAUCAUCGAGGGGAUCAACCUCAUGUCGAGCAACCAGAUGGCACUCCACACGACUUCGGGCUGUACGCUGAGCUCCACAGCAACGCAACUAGGCACGACCGAUGUGACGGACUGCUCGUCAGCUGCAGGCUGCACGGUGACGGAGACAUCGAAUAGCAGCUACGGAAGUAACUUUGAGGGUGGCGUAUGGGCAACACAAUUCGAUAGCUCAGGUAUCUUCAUUUGGUUUUGGAGCCGCUCAAAUGUACCCUCGUCCAUAACGGGAGCGACGUCAACAUCGUCCAUCGAUCCAUCUAGUUGGGGAACUCCCCAUGCGAACUAUUCAUCCAGCACAUGUAAUAUUGAACAGUACUUCAGUCCGCAAAAUUUGGUCUUGGACAUCACACUUUGUGGUGACUGGGCUGGUCUCAGCCAAUUCUAUAGUUCAACGUGCGGAAACUCGGGCCCUACAGGAAAUUGUUACCAAGACUGCGUCGUCGGCCCCGGCAGCCCGCGGUACGACAACGCGUAUUUCGACAUAUCCUACAUCCGCGCGUACAGCAAUAGCACCGUGCCAACUGCGACCGGCACUAGCGGCUCAGCACCAGCAACUGCCACCGCCACCACGGUGAGUUCAUCCCCGGCUGCAGGCGCUUCAGGAAGCGCAUCCAGCUCCACGAGCACCUCCGUCACUCCCUGGGGCACCAACAACGCCUUCUCGCCACCGAAGUGUCGUGCCACUCAGAAUCCUGCUCGCUCGAAAAGGUCUACUCCGUCUCUUGCUCGGACCGUCAUGUCGCGCGUGCAUGGAGUUGCUAAUAGAGCAUACCGGACUUGGUUUUUUUAGUGUUUCUAUUUCGUGGCUCUUCUUGUAUUUUCAGUUGCAUAUUCGACGUUGGGUUCAUAGAUACCAUGGCUAUGGCAUAGUCGUAGCAGUAGAGAAAGACGUCGCAAGGGCAACGGGCGACGUUAUUUAUACAGGAUCUAUGUUAUUUCUUGAUGUAUUCAGAACACUACAGACCCUUUCAUCCUCGUGCAUAUAUCAUCCAUGUAAUCCUACUACUAUUACUUGGGGGCUGGGAAUGAUUAUAGAUGUACAUACAAAAUUGAAGCUAGCUUGCAUAAUAGCGCCAAAGCUCAUGUUAUUAAGGCAGAAGGCGGUCAGGUUACUCCUUUUUCGGCGAGCGAUGGUCCCUUUGGUGGUCUUGGUACCUAUUCCAGAGUUUGAUUGUCUCCUCCCUGAUGUCGUGCCCUUUAUCGAGCCGCUCGCACUUAUCUAGCAGAUUUCCAAACAAUGGCCGCUCGUAAAACAGAUUCGAGCAAGCGUCCAGAGGCACCAAUGCGAUCAGCAAGCGAAGAGUCAUGCAAACGUCGUAUUUUGUCUGCAUGGCGUUCUCGUCCGCGAGAAUCUCAUCCAAGAUGCUCGCGAGCUUGGGCAAGAACUUUGCCCUGACAGGCCCUAUCGUCACGAUCGUGCUGAGCGGUAGUAUGAGGUUUUGAUCGCCGUCCUUGGUCACCUUAUCUAGCAUCGGGUCCACCAAGUCGUCCACGACGCCGUCGGUUAUCAACAGCUUCAUGUGAUGAGAGUCUAGUUUCGAUAUCAAGUCGAGAUUUGCCAGUCCCUUGACGCGUUGCUUCCGAUCGCUGGAGUUUUUGAUCAUGUUCACGGUGUCCUUCAAAAGGUCCUUCGAUUCCGGGCCAUGAUAUACCCUCUCUCGGAAUUCCUUGCUCUGUGCGAACAUCUUGCUGAGUACGCUCGUCCACUCUGCCUGCAUUCUCUCAGCGGCGGGCAGGACGAAAGUACCCUCUCGAAGCAUCUUGGCGACAACCUCGGGUGCAUUCGACUUUGGUAAGGUGUCGGCAAAGUUGAAUGUCAGGUUAUCCGCCCGCACGAUCGCUUUAUAGACGAAGUAGACUGCCUGCAGAGGUUUCUUCUUCCACAGCUUGCCAAACAGCUCAUCGUAUUCCUUGC